UUUACAACAAUCAUGCGGGAUUCACUUCAGCCUGCGUGCCAUCUCCUUACGGGCGCGGCGUGAUGACGUAUCCAAGCCAUGAAAAUCGAUUACGGAGCACUCAAACGGGAAAAAAAUACAUUAAAUUUAAAUUUCUGAGUCGGUUCAUUGGAUACGUAGGCAUUUUUUGCAGUCAUGCCAUUGUGCCGCCACAAUGCCACCAACGUGUUUCUUAAUUACUGAUCAAACGGCUUGAAUUAAAUACUUUUACAUAGUUUGUUGUUUUGUUUUUUUCCGAACGUUUCUUAUUAAUGACAAACCAGGCAGGGGUAUCGUUUUUUUCAAUCUUCGUAACAGGCCAACAGCUUUCAAAAUAAGUAUUAUUUGGUACACCCUCAAUGCAUUCAACUCAAUGUAUGCUAACGUAUAUUUUAUAUUUUAAAAAGUCAGAAUAUAUCGUGAACUUAUCGAGCAGUUUGCUCGAUUGCUUACGCCUUGAGCGAGCAUCAGCUAGUGGACGUCUUCCUACAUGCUUCACUCAGGUGCUCUGUAGGCAGCUUUUAAACAUGAUGUCCGCUUCAUGCAGCCUCACAGAAAUUCAGCGACGGAUAGAUGAAGUCAGGAGGUUUCUGUCCGUGACCAUCAGCAUCGCCAAUGCUCACACGGUGGAGUUUUACACCCACGACGUGUGGAAGCGGUUCAUGGCCGUGUCGCCUGAGGAGGUCCUGUCAACGGUGAGCUCCUGCAGCGACCAGCAGAGGGCGCCACAACACAAAGAGAGAGAGCCAUCCGAGACCACGUUUGGGUUUUGCAGGGACACAAACCGGCUGGUGGACGCCCAGGAACUGCUGCGGGCGGCCUGGGCCCACUCUCUGCCGGGCCUCGGGGUCUGUAUGAGCAGGGACGAGCUGCUACAGGCUCUCAGAGAGAACAGGGGCCACACAGGUGCUGAGCUGGAGCCAGAUGAGUUUAUGAACUCUAAGAAAUCUCACGAGGUCCAGUCCAUGUCUGAGGUGGUGGCCCGUCUGGCCGACUACUGUGGAGUCAAGCAGGUGAUCGAUGUGGGCUCAGGGAAGGGCUACCUGAGCUCCUUCCUGUCUCUGCAGUACGGCCUCCGGGUCUACGGCAUCGACUCGUCCAGCACCAACACCCUCGGCGCCCAGGAAAGAAACAGGAAGCUUAAGAAGUUCUCCAGGGUGUACCAGAAGCACAGCCGGGCAGUGAGAGCACGGGGGGAGUCUGCACGUUCUCCUCGGGAGGAGUCAGUUGAAAUAAAGCCCAGAAUUAACGGAGGCGAUGAUGUUUUAUACAGUGGCAGGGCGGGUGUGUCGCAGGAGGAGGAGGAGAAGGUGUUAAUGGGCUUGUCAGAUGUCGACCUCGCAGCGGAAGAAGACCCGGAGCCAGAAACGGACCAACUCUUCCUCAGUGCCCUAUCUGUUGAUGCGAUACAGACUACAUCCCCCAGAGUUCCCCCGGGCCAACUGACCGCUGAGGAGAGGGAGAGGAGGAAGAGGGAGAACCUGGAGAGGAAAGCCCAGAACAGAACCGAAGGCGCCGGCGCCGUGUUCUCCCCCCUCACCUCUUAUGUUACUGCAGAAACGGAGCUACGAGAGCUCAUCGAUGAGCUGGAGGACGCCAUCGUGGUCGGCCUGCACACGUGUGGAGACUUGGCUCCCAGCACCCUGAGGAUGUUUGUGGCUAAAGCGGAGCUGGCGGCCGUCUGCAGCGUGGGCUGCUGCUAUCAACUGCUGUCUGAGGAGUUUGACCCCGCCGGACAGGAGUGUGUGCCUCGCGGCGUGUGUGGUUUCCCGCUGAGUCAGUACCUCCGCGACCAGGCCUGGUUCUGCGGCAGAAACGCCAGGAUGUCUGCGUGCCUGGCACUGGAGAGAGUCGCGCUCGGCCAAGGGAUUCAGAUGGAGUCUCUGUUUUACCGGGCGGUCCUGCACGUUAUUCUGAGGGAUCACUACAGCGCUUUUAAAAGUGAGAAGCGAGUUGGGAACGUCUACUCCAAGGCUAAAUCAUUUGUGGAUUACGUUCGCCGAGCCCUGCGCCGCCUGGAACUGGAUGAAUCGCAGCUUUCUGAUGGCGACAUCCAGGAGUACCACGACGCAUACCGGCUGCGAAUGGACGAGAUGCACGCGUUUAAUAUGCUGAAGGUGGCCCUGGCUCCCUGUAUCGAAGGCCUGAUUCUCCUCGAUCGCCUCUGCUACCUGAAAGAACAGGAAGAUUUAUCAUUCUCUGCACUCGUGCAGCUCUUUGAUCCCCUGCUGUCACCAAGAUGUUAUGCUGUCGUGGGACUGAAGAGUAAUGAAGACGGGACAUGAGCAAACACAUGCACAUGAUUAUAACACGCCGGUCUUCAUUAUAGCAGCAAUCAUACUACAGGAGCCAUUGGCUUAUGUAUGUAUUCUCUACUACAUGUUUGAUUGAAUCUAAAUUUUGGAAUUUAUUCUUGCAGCCUCUGAACUGCUGUGAGUAACAUCUUGUUUUGUUUUAUGUAUUUUACAGUUUUUUUUAAAAGAAUAAAUAUUUUUUGCCUCCA